AUGGAAAGGAUGAGAAAUGUAACAGAAUUCAUCCUCCUGGGCCUCACUCAAAAUCCACAACUGCACAAGCUCCUAUUCAGUGUGUGUUUCCUGACCUAUUUGAUCACACUGGCAGGUAACACGCUCAUCUCCGUCACCAUCUUCAUCAGCCCUGCCCUGGCUUCCCCCAUGUACUUUUUCCUGUCCUGUCUGUCCAUUAUAGAUGGUUUCUACUCUUCCUGCAUAGCUCCCAAAAUGGUCUUGGACCUCAUCUCGGAAAACAGCACCAUAUCCUUCAACGGCUGCAUGACUCAGCUCUUUGCUGAACACUUUUUUGCCGCAGCCGAGAUCAUCCUGCUCGUCGCCAUGGCCUAUGACCGCUACGUGGCCAUCUGCAAGCCCUUGCACUAUGUGACCGUCAUGAGUCGACCUGUGUGUGCUUCCCUGGUGGGGGCCGCUGUGCUCUUGGGAUUUGUUCAUGGAGGGAUACAGAUUUUGCUUAUGUCUCAGUUACCUUUCUGUGGCCCCAAUGUCAUUGACCACUUCAUGUGUGAUUUAAUCCCGCUCCUGGAGCUGGCUUGCACUGACACACUCACUCUGGGGCCCCUGAUCACUGCCAACAGUGGGUCGCUGUGCUUGCUCACUUUUUCUAUGCUGGUUGCUUCCUACGUCAUCAUCCUGCGCUCCCUGAGGACAUGCAGUUCUGAAGGGCGCCACAAAGCCCUGUCCACCUGCGCCUCUCAUGUCACGGUUGUCGUUCUAUUUUUUGUGCCUUGUUCGUAUCUCUAUCUGAGACCCGUGACCUCCUUCCCCACCGACAAAGCCAUGACUGUGUUUUGCACCCUAAUAACACCCAUGCUGAACCCUUUAAUCUACACCCUCAGAAAUGAGGAAGUAAAAAAGGUUAUGAAGAAGCUCUGGGGUCAAAUAAUAAAAAGGAAUGUUGGGUGA